AUUCAGUUCUGUCUCAGUAGCGAAGGAGAUAACAACGGUGGUGCACUUUUAGUUCAAGAUCAAAAACGAACUUAAAAAUAUGUUGAAGUACGAAGUAUUUCUUUUAUUGUUGGUUUCGCGUUUCGGUGUUUUAUUUGGCGGGGUUCAUGGACAAUCAUGCGUAGAAUCUAAUAAAACGAAUCUUGACAACAUUGAGGCACAAUUCAGACUAUUGGAAAAUGAAAUAGCCACGCUGACCGACGCCAUGCAGAGUGCGGCGUGGUCAAUAUUAAAUUUUAAAGCAGCUUUAAGCCAACUUAAAAUGACGAUGCGCACAGUUGCCACUGAAGAAGGACUUGCAAACGGAUCACCGCAUUGGAACAGUACGUCUUGUGAAACAAUUAGUAAUUCAAGCUGCACAAACAUAAAUAUGGCUGGUCAAUUGGCGAGAUACUUCAAGGAACACAAAAUUGUCGAAAUAAAAUUCUCGAAUGGAAGCUCGCUUAUCAGUGGAUGCAACGAGAUUAUCGACAGAGAACCACAGGAACCAACAAAUGUUCGCGUUGUCAAAUCUUGUCGAGAAGCACAAGGAACUGGAACUUACAUUCUCAACAAUAACGGGAAUGUAAAUGAAAGUUUUCCCGUGCAAUGUGAUGCGGAUUAUAUAGCCGGUGGUUGGGUUGUCCUUCAGCACAGAUUCAUCGGAACGCUCGAUUUUUACCGUAAUUGGACCGAAUACAAAGAAGGUUUUGGAGAUUUAGGAGGUGAAUUUUGGCUGGGCAAUGAGAAGAUUUAUCAGUUAACCAAGAAUCAACCUCGCGAAGUUCAUUUUAUUUUGACGGAUUGGGAUGAUAGAACGGCCGUUGCGAAAUAUUCAUCGUUUCAGAUUGGGAGUGAGGAACAAAAAUACGUACUGAAAAGUGUUGGGAUUUACAGUGGUACUGCUGGAGAUUCGAUUUCGAGGGGUUUGAAUUCCAAGUUCUCUACUAAGGAUCAAGACAACGACUCAUAUAGCGAUAACUGUGCUAUACUCUAUCAUGGAGCAUGGUGGUACGAACAGUGUCAUCUUGCGAAUCUGAACGGAAAAUAUGCCAGAGGAACCGUUAGUGAAUAUGCUACAUCGAUGUGCUGGAAUAGUUUCAUGGGAUACUACUAUGGAUUGAAAACAUCGAAAAUUUUAAUUCGCGUCUAGAAGUAGACUAGUAUUACACGAAAUUGGCAAAUAAUCAUAAAUUAACAAAUUUCAAAACAAUAGUAUUCAAGAUUCAACAAAAA